AUGGAGUUGGUUCACAAGAACGGACGUCCAUGGUGCUACCGGUUUAAAUCUGAGCUGUACAACUGGCCAUUGCCAGUAACAGUCGACCCCAUCUAUCCCUGCGGUAUGAUGAUUACUCCUGUCAAUCCAACCUCAAUUAGCGAAAUCGACAAGGAGAAAGUCCAGGCUCUAGCACACGAGAACUCACCUAUCCUCCUUCGCGGAUUCACAGACAGUCAUGACCACGACCUGAUCGUGAAGAAGGCCGAGAGUAUGAACGCUUCUCACCUUUCGGCAUCCGACUUCGAUAUAGAAGAAGAAGCCGAAGACAGUGAUCCAGAGGAGCUAGAAGAGCUUAUCCGGGUAGGUUGGGUGCCCUUCGAUGGGGCAGCUGAAACCACGAAGGAUAAAGACGCCGACAACACGAAGCAUCCAUCCAAAUAUCAAAUGAUCACCGCCACUGUCCCCAUCUCAGAGAAAACCCGACGCAGUCUCUUCUCCGCUUCAUCUCUAUUUUUCUCUCACCUCCCCGCCAGCUACACCGUCGAGAUGCUCCAACAGUUCUCCUGGAAAGCAUCGAGCUCGAGCUCAUCCACCAACACCAAGACUAAAACAACAGUCUGCCCUUGA